CGUGUGUGCCGUGUGUCGUCGACUCGACGGAUGGACGGCCGACGGGUGGACAUAUUAAACGUGCGGAAAGUGCCAGCGGAGCGGAGAGAGUGCGCGUAAACCUUGGUGACGCCGUCGCGACACCACGUACGUUGCGUAUUGGACGUACGUACAGACAUACGCGAGUUCAAGUGAAUGGGGAGAAGAAACGCGACGCAGGUAUAGGCACAGACAGCAAGAGCUUGGGUUUACUACCAUGGGCACGUUACUGGCUAUAAAAGAGAUCGUACAAUAUUCUCCUAAGUCUGAAAUGGGGACGAGGAGUCCUUCAGCGUAGACAUGGACUACGAUCUGUUUGGUGAAGAUGUCAGUGGCUCGAUGCUCGAGGCUCUUCCUGAUCUCGGAGGGAACGAUCACUUCGAUCCUGCGCCUGCGAAUAAUUCCGUAGCGGUGUCCAGAGACGGUCUGAAUUCCGGCCCUAAUGGAGGAGGGAGUUACAUUAGCCAAUCUUAUAACAUUUCUCAAGAAUCUCCAAUACAAAAAUUAACCUCAUUCGGCGGAUCUGAAUUUGGUGGCUCGAAUCAAUUGCAAAAUCCGUCGCAGCGCAGCAUGUUUAACCAAAAUCUCGGUACGUUCGAUAAUAGCGCCACACCUCAGCGUGCUAUGGUGCCGGGCGCGUUUCAAAAUCAGACUCGUAACAUUGCACCGCAACAGCAUAGGGGGCCUCAUCCGGGUACCGGUGGUCAGUAUCCUAGUUACAAUGACAAUAUAUACUCUAUGGAGCAGCAACACUCGAUGGCUAGAGCCAACAUGAGUAUAGAUCCUAGCCAACAAGGUUGGCCGGGUAAUGGAACUGGUUAUCCACAGAUGCAGAGGCAUUACAAUCAGAUGGCUCCACAGCCUGCCACAUACAGGCAACACAUGCCACCACAGUAUUCUCAUCAGCAAGAUCAAGCUGGUGUUAUUAAUCAAAAGAUACAGCAGCAACAGCAGCAGCAACAACACUUUAGUCAACAAGGGAUGAUAGGCAACAUGGGGGUUUUGCAUCAAUCGAUGCAACCUGGCGCGACCGGUGGGGUCUAUCAGCAUAUGGUUGGGCAGCAACAACAUUACCAGCAAGGUAAUUCGGUAGCGGCGAUGUAUCAGACGACUCCCGGUUAUCCUGGUUUCGCUUCGGCGAUUCAUCAGCAACAGCAGGCUCAACAACCACCCCAGGCGAGAAUGCCGCAUCAUCAUCCGACGCAUCAACCGCAUCCGUCUCAUCCUCAACAGUACCCUCAGCACACUCCUCAACAUCCGAACACGCAACAACAACCGACGAUGGAUCCUCAAUAUCCCCAUCAUGCCACAUCAAUGUUUAAUCAACCUCAACAUUCAGCGCCGCCACAACAACAGUUCGGCACAGCACCGACUAAACACUCGACGAGUCCACAGUAUCGCGCUGCGUUCCCACAGUUAUCACCACAAAUGUCGCCACGGCCACAAAUGUCUCCGCGUCCACCGGCGGUGCAGCAGCAGAUGUCACCGCGACCCAUUAUGUCGCCUGCCAAGCCCACCACGCUUUCGCCACAUCCUCACGUUCAACUUCCACAUCAACAAAGCAAUCAGGCUAACGCGAUGUCAGUGUCACCCUCGUGUCCGCCUACAUCUAUGCAAAUGAAUCCAUCAUCGCAACAACAGCAGACUACUCUGCAGGCUCUCGAACAGAUGGUGAUGCCGGGAGUCGCUGUGUCGAAUUCCAGCGUUCCCACUCCGGAUCAGUAUAAUCAGUUCCAAACACGUCCGCCAAUGUCGCAGACACCGAAUGUUCUGCCGCAGCAACCGACGGCGCAGAGUCCGAUGCCAGGUCAAGUCACGGGGCCCAGAAUGCCAAUGCCCGCUCAGUGGCAAUCACAUCCACAACAACAGCCGCAACAAUCGCAGAUUAGGCCAAAUAUCGGCGUUACCGAGGAAAGAGGUGGCAUAAUAGAGCAGCCUCAGCAAGCGCCAAUAGUAUCCGAGCAGAGUACUCCGAUGUUCCCCGUCGCUGGACCGGAGACUACUGUUCAUAACGUUGUGGAAACGGCGACAACGACGAGCACAACGACAACGAGAGAACCGACGACGUCGACGGAGAACGUCGUGCAGAACCCGAUCGAAACCCCGAAACAACCAGAACCCGAGCCUUCUUUGCAUCAGAGCGCUCAGCAGACUCAGCAACCGGAUGCAACCGCGCAACUCGGCCCACCGCAAGUGGACACAUCGGCACAAAAUAAUUCGCAAAAUAAUUUAUCUUUAGAUCAUACAUCUACGGUAGGAAAUAUGCCUACACCGGCGAGUAUAUCUCCGAUUGAAACGGUGCAGUCUCUUCCCGCGUCCAGCACAAGUGGCAAUAUGGAGUGCACAAAUGUGACUACGUCAUUACAACAGCAACAACAACAACAACAACAACAACCGGUUAUUACACCGAUUCAAAAUCCCGUUUCUGGUAUUGAGAAUCCGAGUGUGUGUGAAGCGAAACCACAGGAACAAAAUAUAGAAGUACAUCAGCCGCCAUUGAGCAGUACAACGCAACAAGUCAUGAUACAGCAACAACCACAGCAUACUCAGCAACAGCCUAUCAAUUGCCCUCCACAGCAGCCGAUGCAACAGCCAGUACAACAAUCGGUGCAACAACCAGUGCAACAGCUUCAUAUAACUCAGCCACAGGUAGUCCAGCCUCAGGCUACGAUACCGCCUCCUCAACCUCAGUUGCAAUCGUCACAACAAUCUCAAAUUAAUCAAUCGCAGCCUGUUCAAAUAAAUCAGCAAUUGCAAUCACAGCAGCAAAUACCUCAACCGCAACCACCACCACAACAACAACAGCAACAGCAGCAAAUUGCACCCACUCAACAAUCGCAAAUUCCUCAACCUCAACAACCCAUAUUGAGUCAAACACAGCCGGUGCAGUCUCAACAAAUUCCACCAGCGCCUCAGCCACAACUGGGACAACCACAGCCACAGUUGGGACAAGCACAGCCUCAAUUAGGACAACCACAGCCCCAACUAGGACAAUCGCAAGCCCAGUUAGCGCAGCCACAGCCACAGUUAGCGCCGGUGGCUCAGCAGAGUCCGACUGUCGUUACACAACAGGCUCAAUCAACGACGGCGACACCACCACAGACGCAACCACCCCAUAUGCAACCUCAGCAGGUCGGCAUAAUGCCACAGGGUGCGGCGCUGAUGCAAACGCAGCCGAUACAAAAUCCGACAUCUCAGAUGCAGAACCAGAACGCUCAGGUGCCGUCUGGACAUUUAAACGCACAACAAAUACCCGCAGUCAGUCAGACUGCCGGUAUGGUAUUGCCGCCGCAUCAAGCUGCGGUUCCCGUGCCAAAUUCGCAAACACCACAUCAGUAUCAUCCUGGAGGCGACAUGAUCACUGGCAACACAAUGCCGAACAUGUAUAGCAUGCCGACUAAUCCUACACAAACCCCAGUCGCAACUGCUGGUUUUGGCACGUCUUGUGCACCGCUUACGCAUCAUCAAGAACGAGCCGCAUUGCAACAGCAGUUACAGGAAUUGUACUGCAUGCCACCGGCUCCAGAAAAUCAAGAAAAGGUUGUCGCCUUGCAGGAGAAAUUGCAGGCGUUACAGCAACACGAAACGAAUGAUCAAUGUAAUGGUGGUCCACAAUGUAUACUACAAACACCGAUGUUUACAGCUGCUGUAGUUGAUAGUCCACAGGUUUCCAGUACUACUGGACGUGGUCGUAGUAAAGGUACGCCUCGAGCAAAGAAAAGUCGUAAAAAAGCCGAUAAAGAGGCAUCUGCACCUACCACUGCCACUCAGCAACCCGAGCAACCUUUGUCGGACAAUAAAGUCACUCCAGGUGAUAGCAGCAAUGUAGUAGACAGUGCUGCAGAUUCGGAAGAUAUUAAGCCAUCUUCUGGAGAUAUGGAAGAAGAAUGGAAUAAAGGCAGAAAGUCCCGAUCGCCUCGAAAACCACGCAAGCCGAAGGAACCUAAAGAACCCAAAGAGCCGAAACCUAAGAAGGAACCAAAACCACCCAAGGAACCGAAAUCACCGAAAGUGGCGAGAAAGAGAAAUAAGGAUAAAGACAAAGAUUCAACAAAGCGUAACAGAAAAAAAACUAAUCAAUCUGAGUCCGCUGAUGAUGAAGUUGUACGCGAAAACGAAGAAACUGCCGUUUCGGAUUCUAGUGCUGUUAAGGAUGCCGAGACAAAGGUCUGUGAAUCAUCCAUACAGGGUGAUCAGGAACAAGUGGAUUCUUCCACCAAUGAACCUAUGUUAUCCGAAAUAAAGGAAGAAGGCAAAGAGAAAACAGGGACAGAAGAUGCUACAGAGGAGGAUAAAAAAGAUGAAAACUCAGAAGCGACUACUGCAACUGCUGAAAAUACGACUAGUAAAAAGAAAUCUGCUGCUAGGAAACGAUCUAAUACUGGCAAGUCGUCCGGGGGGAAAAGUUCCAGAAGUUCUAAAAAACGCAAGAGUCGCAUUGCCCCUGAUUCUGAUGGCGAGGAACUAGCGGCAACACCUCCGCCAUCACCGGAAGCUGGUGAUGAUGUGAAUAAGCGGCGAUCCGCGAGAAACACUCAUCGCAAGAAGUAUGUAGAUGAUGUAAUGUUGCGGUUCUCUGAUGAUGAUGUUCCUAUGCAAGAAGCUCAAGUGUCGAAAAAAGUGGAGGGUGCAAAUACUUCAAAGCCUGCUGCCACCAAAAAAGAGGGUGGUGAGGGCGGCGAAGUCGGGCCUAACAAACCCAACUUUGUAUACAUUAACACUACAGAUGAAGACUCUAUGGUUGUGCAACAUAUUUUAUGCUCUCGAAUGGGAAAGAGAGAAGUUAAGCCCGUGGUACCCAAAGUAGAACCGCCUGUAGAAAAGAAUGAAAACGCGGAUAAAGAAGAAUCUGACAACAAAGACGCGACAUCUGAUGAUUCUGUGAAAAAAGAAGGUACGGAAAAUACCGAGAAAGAAGCGAAGACUGAGGCCAAAGACGAGGAAAAAAAUGAAACUGAUAGCGUAAAAAAGGAAGAUGCAAAGAAAGCGGAAGAAUCUUCCUCGGAUUCGAAACCAGUCGAGACUACCGCUGUUGUCGAGACGAAGCCACAGUUCGUCGAAGUCGAAGAAUAUUUCGUUAAAUAUCGGACUUUUUCCUAUUUGCAUUGCGAAUGGAGAACGGAAGAGGAAAUGUACAAAGGCGAUAAGCGUAUCCAAGCUAAAUUAAAAAGAUUUAAGCAGAAGCAACAACAAAACACCAACAUUUUCGAAAAUACCGAAGAUGAUCCCUUCAAUCCAGAUUUUGUCGAAGUUGAUCGAGUUUUAGAUGAAGCAACUCACAAUGAUCCAACUACUGGAGAAACAGUCAGACAUUUUUUGGUUAAAUGGCGAUCUCUGCAGUAUGAGGACUCUACCUGGGAAUUAGAAGAAGAUGUUGAUCCUGAAAAAAUAGCUCAGUUUGCGAAAUUUAAUAAGGUGCCACCAAAGGAACAAUGGAAGCCGAAGAAAAAGCCCAAUGCUGCAGCCUGGGUGAAACUGGAAGAAUCACCAGUUUACAAGAGCAAUAACAUUUUACGACCUUAUCAAUUGGAAGGAUUGAAUUGGCUGCUAUUUUCAUGGUACAAUGGACACAAUUGCAUUCUCGCUGAUGAGAUGGGCUUGGGAAAGACGAUUCAGUCUCUGACAUUCGUAGACGCGGUCUACAAAUACGGAAUUCGCGGACCAUUCUUGAUUAUAGCUCCGUUGUCGACCAUCCCAAAUUGGCAGCGAGAAUUUGAAAGCUGGACUGAUAUGAAUGUCGUAGUAUAUCAUGGAUCUGCGUCAAGUCGUACCAUGCUACAAGAAUUUGAAGUUUAUUACAAGAACGAUAAGGGACAGCAAAUCAAAGAUUUAGUAAAAUUCAACGUGUUGAUAACAACGUUUGAGAUCAUUAUAACGGACUUUAAUGAACUACGUGGAUACAAUUGGAGACUCUGCGUUAUAGACGAAGCUCACCGAUUAAAGAACCGAAAUUGUAAGCUCCUCGAAGGCCUCAGACAAUUGAAUCUGGAGCACAGAGUACUUUUGUCAGGCACACCGUUGCAAAAUAACGUCAACGAACUGUUUUCCUUGUUGAAUUUCCUCGAACCGCAGCAGUUUGCAAGUAACGAAGCAUUCCUGAAGGAAUUUGGUAACCUAAGUAGCGAAGGCGAAGUGCAAAAGCUGCAACUUCUCUUGAAACCGAUGAUGCUACGUCGCUUAAAGGAAGACGUUGAGAAAUCAUUAGCACCAAAGGAGGAAACUGUUGUCGAGGUGGAAUUGACUAAUAUACAAAAGAAGUAUUACCGCGGAAUUCUUGAGAGAAAUUUCUCGUUUCUUGCUAAGGGCACCACUUCGGCCAAUAUUCCGAAUCUCAUGAACACAAUGAUGGAAUUGAGAAAGUGUUGUAUCCAUCCAUUCCUGCUGAAUGGCGCCGAGGAUCAGAUACAACUAGAUUACAAGACCGGCGAGAAAGAAGAUUCCGAGGCGUAUUAUCACGCUCUGGUGAACAGCUCCGGAAAGAUGGUUCUGAUCGACAAGUUACUGCCGAAACUGAAAGCCAGUGGUCAUCGAGUCUUGAUAUUUAGCCAAAUGGUAAAGUGUCUGGAUCUGCUUGAAGACUAUCUGCUGUAUAAAAAGUAUCCAUAUGAAAGAAUUGACGGUAGAAUUCGCGGAAAUCUGCGACAGGCCGCCAUUGAUCGUUACAGCAAACCAGACUCGGAUCGGUUCGUCUUCUUGCUCUGUACGAAAGCAGGUGGACUCGGCAUUAAUUUAACUGCGGCCGACACUGUCAUUAUUUAUGAUAGUGACUGGAAUCCACAGAAUGAUUUACAGGCGCAAGCUCGGUGUCAUCGAAUUGGGCAGCAAAAAAUGGUCAAGGUAUACCGUUUGCUCUGCCGUAAUACGUAUGAACGUGAGAUGUUUGACAAGGCAUCUCUAAAAUUGGGACUUGAUAAAGCGAUCCUGCAAUCCAUGAAUACUAGCCAAGGCGGUAAAGAUCCCAGCAAUAAACAAUUGACAAAGAAGGAAAUCGAAGAUCUACUGAAAAAAGGUGCUUAUGGUGCUAUUAUGGAUGAUGACAAUGCUGGCGACAAGUUCUGCGAGGAAGAUAUUGAGCAGAUUCUUGAACGAAGAACUCAGAUUAUUACCAUAGAAGCAGAAAAAGGCUCGACAUUCUCGAAAGCGAGUUUCGCAUGCUCAUCGAAUCGGUCAGACAUUAAUAUAGAUGACCCCGACUUUUGGAAGAAAUGGGCGAAGAAAGCGGAGAUUGAUACCACGGAAAAGAAGGAGGAGGAUGAGCUAGUGAUAUCCGAGCCUCGGCGAAGGACACAAAUUAAGCGUUAUGGUCAUGACGAAUCAGUGGUUGACAUGUCUGAAUUGGACAGCUCAGACGAGAACAGCGAUGAUGACGCGAUCGGCUUGUCUGGCAGAAGUAAGAAGCGACGCGACAAGUUCGGCAAAAAGACACGCAAGUUCUACGAUGAAUACGUGCCACGCGAAGGCGAGGUAGUAUACGGCAGUUGGGCGCGCAGCGAAUGUUUCAAGGUCGAGCGUGGACUGCUGACGUUUGGCUGGGGACGCUGGGAAGAAAUUCUGCAGCAUAGCCAGUUUCGUCGCGGUUGGCGUGAAGUCGACGUUGAGGAUUGCGCUCGCGUCAUUCUGCUCUAUUGCCUGCGCUAUUAUCGCGGCGAUGAAAAGAUUCGUAGUUUUAUCUGGGAUCUUAUCACGCCCAUUGAGAACGGUGAGAAGGUAAAGUGCGUGUCGGUGAACACUAGCAGCAGAAACAGUCGGCAGAAGAAGAAGAGCCGUGUCCGAGAGGGCAGAGAGACCCGGGGAUCGGUCAUCAAUGGCGGACCGAGUGACCCCAAUCAUUGGAGCAACGCGGAAAAAUUCGAUGGAGACAUCUUUCUUGAGAGCAACUAUAGAAAGCAUCUCGGUCGACAUGCUAAUAAAGUAUUGUUGCGUGUACGAAUGCUGUAUUAUAUCAAACACGAGAUUAUUGGCGACUUAGUCCAGCAUAUCAAUGACGGCGUUCAUGUCAGUGCGUUGCCGCUAGACCUUCCACAGUUGACGGACCGACCGGCGAAAUGGUGGGACUCGACAGCAGAUAAAUCCUUAAUAGUCGGCUGCUACAAACACGGCUAUGAGAAUUACGACCAGAUGAGGACUGACCCCGCGCUUUCUUUCAUUACAAGCUGUCCUCCCCCUUUCCAGAACUCUCAGAACAAGAGUACCACCGACAGUAGCAGUAGAGACGACAACAGUCUGGAGAACGAUAUGGAGGAUGGUGAAUCUCCUGGAAUGACAAAAGAUUCGAAAGAUUCUGACAAGUUUAGUCGAGAAACACCAGCAGAUUCCCCUGCCAUCUCGAGUAAGGCGGACACGCCAAUACCAGAGGCUAGUGGCAGCCACGACGGAAAUGACGGUCUUAUCACAGAUGACGAAAAGUCAUCUUGGCCUGCUGUGGUAGAGCUUAAUACACGACUGCGUCGCAUGAUAUCUUCCUUUCAGCGAAAUGUUAAUAAGAAAGAGGAUGUUAAAGUUAUUCCAAAACCUGGAAAGAUGGGAAUGGACAGCGAGACCACUCCCAUAAAUCAUACCGGCAUGAUGCAUGAACCACUUUCGAAUAUGCAAGGAUGGGAUUUGCAGCAAUUAGCAAUGUAUCUUUUGAAGAUGGAGAAAAAAGAAAAAAUGGAGGCCAUAGUGAAAGAGCGAGAACGUACUCGAUUCGAGGAACAAAAGGCGAAGUGGACCCGCCGUGAAGAAAGCGAGUUCCUACGGGUGGUGUCUACGUAUGGCGUUAAUUAUGAUAGGAAAAAGGCCCAGUAUGACUGGACCAAAUUCAAAAGUAUCGCUCGAUUUGACAAGAAAACAGACAACGAUCUCACAGACUACUAUAUGUCGUUCAGAGCAAUGUGCAAAAAAGUUUGCAACGCGAAACUGAAUGAAGAGGAAGAUUUUACAGAUGUUCCAGUGGAUCAGCUGAGUCCUGCCAAAGCGAGACAAAUACUCGAUCGUGUUGAUCUUCUGAGCAAAAUCCGCGAGGAAAUCCUGUCGCAUCCGCAUCUCGAGGAACGGCUCUCGUUGUGUCAACCAUCGGGAGAUACGCCGGAUUGGUGGCAGGCAGGGAAACAUGACAAGGAAUUGUUACUCGGAGCAGCGAAGCAUGGUCUCGGGCGUACCGAUAUAACUAUACUAAACGACCCGGACUUUUCGUUUCACAAGCUUCUUACGACGAGAGGAAUGUAUGCAAGCACGCAGACUCCUAAAGUAAUAGAUAAGUCCGAAAAAGCGAUAAAGAUCGAGAAUAGAGAAGAUAUUUUGAAGUUUGACAAGGACGAGAUACUUGUGAAACUGGAGAAAGGCGAGGGAACUUUAAAGAUUGAAAAAGUUGGAGCGAAAAAGGACAAAGACCAAAGUACUUCCGAUAAGAAACCCGAGAAUGUGGACUCUGAGAAAAGCCAAGUGGAAUUGACUAUCGUCAAAACAGAGGCUAAACCCGAAGAAAAAUCUAUCGGUAGUUCGUUGACGAUCACCACCGUCGCGAGAACAUCGGACGUGGAAAACGUCGCUGUAAAGAACGAGGAAAAGAACGAGCUAGCGAUAGAGCCAAUUAAAUGCGACAGCACCAAAGCUAAUCAGACAGGCACUGCCAAGUUGACCGAUGAAAAGGUCACGAAUGAAGCUAGUUCGGACAAUGCGGAGAGUUCUGCUGUUGUAGAACUUGAGAAAGAGGAUAAUGUACAAGAAAAAGAUAUUAAACACGAAGCCGAAUCCGCUGAGAAAUCAGAUGAGUCACAAGCGCAAGAAAUUGUAAUGGAAACAACCGAGAAAAAUGAAACAGAAAUUAAGGAGAAGAUCGAGGAUGUUGAGAAGAGCACUGAAACUAUCGAGCCCGUUGUCGAAGAUGAUAAUAACAAAAGCGCAAAACCAGAUAAUCCACCGAUGAAGGAAGAGAUCGAGACGCAAGAAGCAAAAAAUUCGGACGUUACUAAAGAAAAGGCGAAGGUUCCGCAAAUUGAUGAUAAGUGCAGCGUCCAGGCUGCAGAAUUGAAAGCAAUGUUCCCAGAUUUAGAGGUGAUACAACCACUGUCACGGUUAACGCAGAUCGAUACAUUUGUUUUACGAGAUAAGCCGGCGGAUUACAGUAACGAGCCUACAGUGAUGCAACUCCUGGCACAUGGCUGCACUAAUACAUCUAUAAAGUGGCCGAAGGAGCACGCGAUCGAAGCUCGUUUAAUGCACAUCGUGCACGCGAUAGAACACAAAGAGUGGCCGGUGUCGGUGAACUUUAGUGCCGGCGAGGAGUUGGAGCUUGCGCAAAACGAAAAGGAAUGUUCGGAAGUGAUAACAAUCACCACGGACCACGGAGUGUCUAGAUCUAUAGUAAGCGGAAACAACAUCUCCGCUUCGAAGAAACGCAAAAGGCAUAUUGCCAUAGAUGUAGAGACCGAGCGAGCUAAGCUUCAUGCGCUUCUCAAUAGCAGUCACUUAAGUACGCCAUCACCCGCGCCCCUCAGCAAACCAGUUGUUCUCUCUGGUUCGACCACCUGGGAGAUCAAUGAUGAAUCCCAGUCCGAAGAAUCACGACGCUCUACGCCGGUCCAGCCACCGCCAGCACAUCAACAAACGCGAACACCGAAUAUACCCUUUGACUUAAAAUACACCGUUCCAGGGAAAACGACCGUUAUACCUGGGACAUCGAGCACUUUGACGCCUAUCGAUCUAUCCGCUGGAUAUCCUAAAUCAAGCUCUGAUAGUAACAAGGACAUUAUGAAUGAAGUUCAAGACUUCUCCAUGCCGAACAAAAAUAAACAAGUCAGUAGCAAUAAAGGGAAAUUGGACAGUAUGCUUGAUAAGCUCAUGAAAAGAAAAUCUUGCCCGACAGAGGAACCGGUAGUCGGAAAAGAGAAGAAGCGCAGGAAAUUGGAUGAAAUAGUAUUGGGGUUGAGCGCCGCAAAGGAACAACAAAGCGGUCAUUAUCUCGAGCACAGCAAAAAGAGUACAAUUACACCUAACGUGACCGUGACUCCGACAUCGGCACCGAUCGGUCUUCCCAAUCCUCCGACAAGUGCUCAAAAACCGUUCUCCAUUACUGUUACAUCAAUUCCGUCUUCUCGAGCUUCGAGUUCUUCUACGUCCGUUUUACCGCCACCGUCGUUGCACUCGCACAAAGAUACCUUCUCCGCUUUGCUGGCUCAGGCCGAGCAACAGAAUCGUGAAUUGAAAAAACAGCAGCAACAACAGCAGCAGCAGCAGCAGCAGCAAGCCUUCAAUUCGGCCCAUCCGUCUUCCUCGAGCAGUAGUCAUCGAAAAAGUUACGAGGCAAUGAUCGCGGACAUCAACAAAGUCGCCGAGUACUCGUCCAAGAUCGGCUCAUUUUCGCAUGAGGCUAAGGUGAAUAAAUGGCUGGCGGAGCAAAGCGCGAUGUCGGAGCAAUUGAGUGCAGAAUAUUUGAAUGCUCCCCGACGUCGCAGACCGCGCGUCGAUCCGUCCUUGUUGGAUUGGAAGAAGCUCACCGGUGAAGAGAAUGUCGCUGUUAUCAACCGAUUAACUGGUAAAAAGGUAACCGGAAGCAAAGCACCUCAAUUGAAACGACUUGGAACAUGGCUAAUGGAAAAUCCAAUGUUCGACGUUGAUCCGAAAUGGGCGGAACUUGUGAAGGAACGCGGCAAUCUUCCGCACGACCUACAGAAGAGACUAUCAGGUAAUGAGCGCAGCAGCGUGAACAAGGGCAAGAGCCCGGGCAGACCACCUAUGAUGCCUAGUCCUACUAGCCAGCAGUCGGCGAGUACUGCCAAUCUGGCGGCCACGUCGAUGGCGUCCAGCCUCAACUUCCCGCUCGGCAAUCUAAAUAGCUCUUUGCUGUCGAGCCUGUCGCUUGGCAAUUUCGAUCCGAAGAAUCCGCUCUUGAUGCCAUUCGGCGGUCUGACGAACCUGGGCGCGCUCGGCGGCCUCGGUAAUAUCAGCAACUUGAGUAACAUAGGUCUAACGAAUUCACUGUUCAAUCUGGCCGGGCUGAAUCUGCCGUCAUUGGCGGGCAUGGAGGCAGCGUUGAAUGCGCAAGCAGCAACUAGUAGCGCGGCGGCAGUGGCAGCAGCGGCAGCCGCGGCGGACGCGAAUAAUCCGGUUGUGAGUUCGGCGAAUAGCAGUAGCAGUAAGAAUGCCGGCGCGGGUUCUUCGUCGAGCAUUAGCGGCAGCGGUGGAAGUGGUAGUGGUGGCGGUAGUAGUAAGUCACGUAGCAGCAAAUUAGAUCAGCCAUCGACCAGCAGUAAAUCCUCGGCUAGUGGUGGUCCGUCAACUUUGUCUGCUGUUUCAUCUGCGAGUCUGCCGACUCCCUCGCCGUUCCCGUUUCUCUUCACGAAUCCCAGUCUCCUCUACACACCGCUAACAUUAAGCGGCCUGAAUCCGUUCUCUAUGCAAUCUGGCGGCGUGUCAUCGGCCUAUGAAAGCCUUGCCCAAUGUGGUCUGUUGAAUCCACCGACAUCUAGCGCUUCAAUGGUGCGCAAGCCUACGUCAUCUAGCAGCUCCUCUAGACAACGUGAGACCGUACCGGAAUCCUCAACAUCUUCAUCAUCGUCGUCGUCAUCGACAACGAAGCGAAAGGAGCCUGAGAAGAAAUCUAGAUAUCCAGUGGAUCCAGCCGUAACUCUGCAACAAUACACGGAUAUGGCGGCAUUGCACAGUGGCGAGGAGAGACGCCGCGUCGAGCAGCAGCAACAACAAUCACAGCAGCAACACGAGAAGCGAGAAACAGCAAUAACGGAACAGGCCGAUGUGGUAGCGGCGGAUCUAUCGGAAAAAAAGAUCGAGCGGAAAAACAAAGAGCAAGAUGUAAAAGAGACUCUGGAGCAUCUGAAUAGAACCAGCGCCGAACUGGUCACGCGGAAUAUUGAUGACGCUCCUAGAACCGAGAAACCGCCCAGCAGAAAUCGUAGCAGCACGGAUAGCAAUCAGAAUUCUGAUCAACAGCAACAACAACGAUCGACGCCGUCGGCACCACCGCCGCUUGAAGUCACUCUUGAACCUGUUGCGAAGAAGAUGCGCACCGAAAUGGACACAAGUACAAAAUCGUCCGCAUUGAAUAGCGAAGUACCGACGGUGGAAAUUGAACCGGUGACAAGACCGUCACCGACGACUCCUAUGAAAGUGGUGCAGCAGCAUGCAUCUUCACAAGAGGAGAUAUCCAAUGUUCCGCCCGUGGAACCGAGCACGGCCAAAAAGGAAACUAAUGAGACGACGACGUCAUCGACAUCCUCGUCGACGUCUGCGAAUGCAACAUCGCCAUCGACGCAGACUACUGGCACGAAGAGUGACGGCGGGAAACCCGCCGCUCCAGAAACGGAGGAAGAUGGCAAAGGCGGCACUAAGGCGCCAAAGAAGGCCCGUAGCGGUAAACGACUGAGCGUGGAACCACCACCAGAGCGUAAGAAUCUUCGUUCGAGUGCCGGUAGACAGGCACGGGCGGCUGCGGAAAGGCAGGCGCGAAUGGAGGGCGAGAUGCAGCAAUCUGAACAGCAGCAGCAGCAAGAUAGCCACGUAGCCGGCGAGUGAGUCACGGCGAGGUCCCGUCGGACUGCUGCCGCAAAACGAUGAAAGACAACUACUGAAAACGCCCUAUGGCGAACUGACGAAAGAAAUUUGGUGGACAAUCCGGCAAUCUACCGUUUCUUUUUCAACUCUCUGAUUCGACAUUGCUCGCACAACGAAGAUCUGUACGUAGAUGAUUCCCUGUUCGACACUGACAAGUGCGAAAGUGUAAGGUGUUUCUAAUCGCAAUGAAACGCGAGUGUAUCGAAAGGGGGCUACAGACAUUGGUAGAAUCUACCGUAGCCUUCGGUUCCGUUCUUUGUUGAUAAAAAAUGUGUGAAUAAAUGGGACUCCCUCAAUUUUGCGGGAGAUGGGAUCGUGUAUCGUUAGGCGGACCGUGUGUGACAGUGCGUUUAUUGAAUUGAAACAAAAAGAGAGAAAUCUCUCCAAUACGAAGGCUGCGAUAGUAUUUUAUCACUCGAUACUUUGUGUAGUAAUUAAUUUUUAAUUGCGUAAUCAUGAUACAAUAAUAAAAGUAUAGUUUUGUUAAAUUUAUUAUCUACUAUCUCUUAUUGGUUUUGACCAGGGACUGUUUUAUAUAAAAAUAUAUAUAUACAUAUAUAGAUAUAUAUUAUAAAAUUGUGUAUUCGCUAUUGCGCAUAAAGCAAUUUACAAGCAAGGAAUGCAAGACGAAAUAUAAUCGUAAUGUAGAGAAAAAUAAUUACAGUAAUAACUUAAUAAAAAAAAGGAAAAAUGUAAAUAUAUAUACAAUUACGCCUAUAGAGACAGUAAGCAAUCGUGUACUUGAAAAAGAAAAUGUAUAUAACGCAGUGUACUUUUAAUUACAUUAGGUGAAACAAUAAACAGCUUCUUUCGUUGUUUGCAAAUACCAAGGAAUUCGAAUCUCUUAUUUUAUAUUUACAUGAAAAAAAAAUUAUUAAA